GUCCUAAUGGGUGUAAUAAAAUGUAUCGGCUAAAAGCUAAAAUCGUUUAUCAGCUGUUAACAAUCAAACGACGAAUCAAAACAAAUUGAAGUAAACAGCUGAUUGAAGGUGAAUGGAGGCGUGACGAGAUCGUGGCGUUUUAUUUAGGAAAUUUAUUUAUUUGUACAAAUCGCAAAAUAAACGAUAAUGCUCUUGCAUAGAGCAUUCUGUCGUAAUUGGACUAGGCAAUUAGUUGACCCAUUGCUGCCCAGCCAUAGUUGUAAAUAUGCUAGACCGCGUGCGAUAUUACUACGUUCCAUGCGCAGCAGUGCAAAACAUCAGCGUCCAGCUCGGAGUGGAAGUCUACAAACAUCUCCACCUUUUGAGAAUUAUACCUUCGGCGGAGCUAUACCGCCAAGUAAUGUGGUGAAAGCGUUAAUUUUUACAGGCGCGUUCAGUGUUGGCUGUUUCAUGAGUGUCACCAUAUUGGAGUAUGAAAACGCGCGCAAUAUGAUGUUAGAGAAAGCUCGUCAAAGCAAAUUCCCGUGGCUUCGACGGCAGACUGUUAACCAGGAACAAAGUACUUGGCAAGAUAUAAAACAAGAAGUACAACAAUUCUGGGAUAAGUUAACGCCUGGUGAACGAGUAUUUGUGCCACUUUGCGCGUUAAACAUUUUGGUGUUUACAAUGUGGCGUUCACCAGCCUUACGCAACACAAUGAUGACUUAUUUUUGUUCGAGUCCUGCGGGGCGUGCUGUUUGUUGGCCUAUGUUCCUAUCGACUUUUAGUCAUUAUUCUUUAUUUCAUCUUUUCGCCAAUAUGUACGUGUUACACAGCUUUUCCAAUGCGGCUGUCUUGACCUUGGGAAAAGAACAAUUCUUAGGAGUCUACCUGAGCGCGGGUGUGAUUGCGAGUUUUGCUAGUAUUCUCUAUAAGACGAUCACCGCACAGGCUGGUCUAUCUAUAGGCGCGUCUGGUGCCAUUAUGGCGAUACUGUCGUAUGUAUGUGCAAAGUAUCCAGAUACUCAAUUAAGCAUCCUUUUCCUACCCAUGCUCCAUUUCUCUGCAGGAGCUGCGAUCAAAGUGAUUAUGGGAUUCGAUUUGGCUGGCUGCAUCCUAGGCUGGAAAUUCUUUGAUCAUGCAGCCCAUUUAGGUGGCGCCCUCUUUGGACUAUUUUGGGUUUACUUCGGCACAGAGUUGUGGCAAAAGCGAAUACCGUUUCUUACUUUAUAUCAUGACUUAAGAAAAACGAAAUAACCGAUAGUAGUUUAUUGCUUAGCUGAAGUAUUGAAGUUCGAAUCAAAAUUGUAAUUAUGCUAUUGACAUUAUUUGAAAUAUGUAGUUGUGUAAAUUGAUUUGUUUUAAGUAGUGAAACAAAGCCACGUAUUUUUACGCAUUGUUAUGUAUUUUGAAAGAACAAUACUUUUUCUGAUACAAAGCAAUUAAAUACAAGCUUUAAAU